UCAUUUUAAAUGUCCUUACCGAAAAUUAAUUAUGACAGUUGUUGUAACAAUGACAACAAAAUCAACAAUGAAAGUAAACAGUAUCGUUGGAGGUAUUAUGAUGCGUUCACCAGACUCGGGACAUACGCAGUGGUUAGUGUAGAGGACGACAGGAUGAAGACAAUUACUGGACUGACAAUCUUUAUUCUAAUCGCAGGUUCGACGGGUUCGAAAGGGGAGCGACAUGGACGCAGUCUUCAAGUCAACAACAACAGAUGUCUUGAUAAAUUUGCAGCCAUUCCGGGACACACCAUGUGCCUUCCAUACUCAGGACAUACUCCACUGAAUGAGUCGCAACGAGAAAACAUAACCAGCAUACACAACCGACUGCGUGGUAAUGUUAGUCCAACAUCUGCCGACAUGCUGAAAAUGGCUUACUCGAAGGAUCUUGAGACAGAAGCGCAGAUAUGGGCUGAACAGUGUAUACAAGGUCACGACUCAAACGAUCAUCGAUUUCAACCAGGUAUGUUUGUGGUGGGUCAGAAUCUAGCGGUCAACGGUGCUGAGAUGUCCUGGUCGGAGGUCAUCCAACUCUGGUAUGACGAGGUCAAGGACUUCACGUACGACGGCCAGAACGAAUUUGGGCGUGUGGGCCACUAUACACAGGUUGUGUGGGCCCAGACCGCUCUGGUCGGGUGCGGGGCUGCGAGAUGCGGGUCCAAGUACCACUACGUGUGCAACUAUGGGCCCAGCGGUAACAACGGCGCCCUCGGUAAGCCGUACCAGAAAGGACCUGCCUGUAGUAACUGUAAUAGCUGCACCUCCAAUCUCUGUGAUUGUGGCGGGAAGGUGUGUCUCAAUGGCGGCCAACUCAACGUGACGACGUGUCAGUGCACAUGCAACAACAAGGUUCAUCAGUAUGCUUCGGACGACUGCAAGUUAUACUGUGUAGAUAAGGGAGACAACCCCUUGUGCGGGAGGACGCCUUUCGACAAGCCAUCUUGUCCAUCCAACCCUUUCGCAAGCUACAACUGUCCGAAGCUCUGUGAUAUUUGUCCGUACGCCGGUGCAAACUACACGGAGGGCACGGUGGCGCUCCCAGAGCCAGAUAACUCUCUGGCAGUUCGGGCCUCGGCGACCUUAACGUCCCUAGUGCUGUGUCUCCUAGCCGUCCGCCAGUAACCACACAUCAGUACAGUGAGCGUUCAGACGCUAAAUUCGUACCUUAAUUUAGUAUAGCUUAAUACAAGAACGAUCGAUGAGUUAUGUUUGGGGAAUGAAAACAUUUGUGCGUCGGUAUAUAUAUGAUUUUUUUAAUUUGAUGUUUGUGUAUAAGUAAUGCUGAUUGGAAAACGCCAAAUACAUAAAACAUAUAGCAAUUUCAAAUAAAAUAAAUAAGUAUUUUACAUGUUAAUGUAAUUAGUCAAUGGUAUAAGCAUUUUCAUAUAAUUAUGUACAAUAUAUAUGCAGGUGUUCAUCAUAAAUUAUUAUAUAAUA